AUGAAGGUCGCUCCAUUUCCUUUCGGCCUGAAUGUUGGCACCGAUAUCGUCCACAUCCCCCGAAUCCUCCGCUUGGUGACUCGAUCAUCCACCGCCCCAAAUAGCUAUCUCAACAGAUUCAUCCGGCGCAUUUUAUCCGAGCAAGAACAGGCUGUUUUUAUUUCUAAAUUCCCGCAAUACCAGUCCCAUUACGCCCGGUCAGCAGCGGCUCCGUCAAGUAUACCCGCUCCGCCCGAUUCGAGAGAUAUGGCUAGGUGGCUUGCAGGCCGAUUCGCUGCAAAGGAAGCAGCAAGGAAGGCUGCACCCGGCGGCGCGGCAAGUGUCAGUUGGAAAGAAGCUAUCGUUAUAAAUGAGGCUGGAGGGAACGGAAAGCCGGAGGUGGUGUAUCUGAAGAAGGGAGAUGAAGUCGGCCAAGCUGGCAAGCUGUCCAUCUCGCAUGAUGGGGAGUAUGUUGUUGCAACGGUCAUUGCGGCAAUCCCCAAUAGUUGA